AUGCCGACCUUCAAGCGCAAAGUCAGGAAGCCCAGAGCACGCGUCAAAACCGGUGGACUCUGGAAUGAUGAAGAAAGGCAGCGCCUGUGGGAUCAGCGGUCGUUGUACAGCCACAUGCACUGGGAGCCAUUUGGCAAGAUAUUCUUCCCCCAUAGAAGUCUAAACGCUCUUCAGAAGGCAUAUUCCAAUAUGAGUAUACAGAGAAGACUAACAGCCAACAUGUCAAACCCUGAUACCCCUCAGGAUCCUCCUGCAGGCCGCAUUGUAACGCUACGAACAAGGGCCAACAAACGCUCACUGCCUGACGAAAGCGCGCCUGAGAGCCGUCCGGAGAAGCAGACCAGAACAGCUGCGGUCCUUUCUUCGGGAAAGGACCAAGUGGAAGAAACGGAUCAAAAUGGCAUGACAGACGAGGAUAGCUCUUCGGACUAUGAACAAGACUCCGAUGAAGAGACACUUCAGGGGCCCAGUCUACCUUUUGAAGAAGAAGAAAGUCAAGAUGGAAUCGAGACAAUCGUUAUCGAUGAUGGGAACAAUGAUCCCGAAAGCCACCAGAACGGUGAAGAAGAAGCAGAGGUACACAGGCCUGAUGCCGAGGAAAAUACUGAUGAGCCUGACUCUCGCCCCACCACGGGCGUUUCCAGCAAUAACACCCCUCCUACAGGACUCAUGCUUGGACGGAAAAGCAUGACACCAAGUUCAAGAAGUGAAGAAAAGUACGCAGGCUACGAGAAGCUUGCAAAAGAGGCGACUGAGCCAACUAGGCCUUCACUCCCACCGGACGUACAAUAUCUCAAAAACCUCACAUGGAGGUUUGAAACUGUAUUUUUCAAGACACAUGAUCAGGAGAAAGUCAUCUCCUCACUGCAAAGCCAGGUUGAGGAUCUCAAAAAGCUCAACUCAGACAAGGCUGCGAAGCUGGCGUCCGCACAAGAGGAGGUUAGGAAACAACUCCAGACUAUAAGAUCCCUCGAACAACGCGAGCAGAAGCAUAAAAAGGAGAUCGAUGACUGGAAACGCAAGAUCAAAGUUUCCGAACAGCAAGUCACCGUCCUCGAGUGCAAGGUAGCUAUGGCUCGAAACCAGAAUAAAUGUGAGACGUGUGAGAGGGUCUCCAAGUUUUUCGCACCGGCUUCCGCCUCAGGGAAGGCCGGUGAGUCUUCUGGCAGCUCAAUUUCAUGA